UAUGCGCAUUUAUUUUUUCAAGUUUGUCUGCGUUUGAAUUACGAUGUGAGGCGGCGAAUGGCCGGAGAUACACGUAUAUGGCUGUUUUACCCACUUAUAUGUGGACAGUAACACUGUUCUCGGUAACUAAGGCUUGGGUGAAGGGUUCCUAUUACUGCAGAAGUGACUGGUGUAAUUAUAACGAAUAUUGCUGUGGUGACGAUAUCUGCUGUGACUAUCUCACUGGUUACUGGUAUAUAUGGCUUAUGACAGGACUCUUGCUGUCUACUCUGAUGUUAGUAUGCUGCUGGGUACGUUACCAUAGAUACCACUCCAGAGAAUCGAUUGAGUCAGUAAAAUUAGGCUACAUUCCUGUACCUGGGGCUGUUGUGACAUAUGGAGAUGAGUAUUACAUUCACCAACAGCCACGGCAGGAGCCCUUUGCGCGUGAACCUCCACAAUUCAAAGCCGCACUGGAGUACGAAGCACAACAACAUGAGAGUUCUAGAUAUUACCCACCUCCUUAUAACUUUAUAGAGAGAAGGACACCAAGUGCCCCACCUGAGCCUGGCAAUGAAUAAACAAACUGCUGUGAUCAGUUCCUUACUAUGGAAAAGGGAAAAAAAUAAUGUCAUCCCUAGGAAUAAUUUUCAUGGUCAAGCUAUUCCCUGGCUUUGCCCAUCAUUAAGAGUUUAAUGCAAACUUAUAAAGUCUGUCAUUUGCAAUCCUUUUUAAAAUUUUCUAUUCUUUGCUAUUCUAGUUCCAUUUAAGUUGCAACCUGGUAUUUUAAGAUUGCCCUCUCUUUAUUAAGUAACAUUAGGAAAUUCUCUGCAAGUACCCUCCUUGACAAUGUUACAUAGCUACUGGUCACCAAAAGACAAUGGUGCCUUACAAAGCCAAUUAUUAGUGUUUUGUGGCAAGCUCAGAAACACUUUGAUAGAACCGUAGCCAGAGAUCUAGAAUUAUUAUAACAGUUAAUUUAAGGUUAAUUGAUAAGUUUUUAUUCUCAUAUUCUGAGUUGUGAUAGCAUGAUAUCUGUUCUUAAUAGCAACCAGAAAAAAAUUUGUCUGAGCCUUUGAAUUGGAAUUAAGUUGCCCUAAAUUACAGUAAUAUUGAGAAAUUAGAGACCAAGGAAAAGCUCAUAAUAAGCAGUGAGAGUUUGUUGCCAUAAUUUGAGAUUCAUGAAUAUUUAACUUUAGAUACAAAUAUGUGUAGAGCUUUGUGCAAAGAACAUUGAGUUGCCUUUAAUUUUUUUUAAAUGAAAUCAAUGUAACUUUGAUGGUUUGUGUAGGGAAAUCUCAACUUUCUUAAGGGUAUUUUGUCAAAAACUGGACGAAAAACUGUUUAGAAAACAUUUGCUUUCAUUCUACAUAAUAGGGAGGUGCUAAAUAAUAUUCUUUGGAAAGAGAAAACUACUAAUAAAUAAAGUUUAUUCUUUGUA